AUGGAGCGUUGCACCGGUGGAACGCUCUUUCACGCCCUCUGUCGGGGCACUGCACCGGGAAUCGACAUUUCGGCCGUGCGUGAGCUCACUUUUCAGAUUGUGUUCACGCUUGCCGUGCUUCUGCGCUUCCAUCCGAACUGGAAGCAUAACGACCUCUCGCUUGCCAACGUUAUGCUUCGACGGCGUGGUUCGCUCACGACUGCGUGCCUUGGCACGUGUCAGGUCUUGGUUGGUCUCGCUGGCGCUGGUGCACGGACACCAGCAUCGACGCUGCAGCUGGUGCGUCCAUCGAGCGCCCCAGAGGCUGGCCCUGUGCGUUACCGCCGAUACGCGUUUGAAGGUCACAUUUGGUAUCUUGGGUUGCGCCCCGAACAACCGUACGAGGCCGUGAUCGCCGAUUUUGAUUUUGCCUGCAUCGAGCCGCUCAUCAGCAACGCCACAGUAGACUUUUUCGAGCGUCAAUCCCGUUACCACUGUUAUCGGAUCAACAGUGAACGAGACUGGUAUGGCGACAUCCAAAUGCGGUUAAGCAAUCUCCGUGAGGUCGUCCAGCACUUGAUUCGGCGCCGCUGGGAGACGCAGCGGCCAUCAGGGACCUCGGCGCUGUCGACCUCGGUGGAGCGAGGCGCUCAGGACAUGCUCUUGCCCGAGGAGCGUGAUGCCAUGGAGUUUUUCGAGCGUUGCGUUCAUCCCAACUGCCGCGAUACAGCAGAUCGCUCACUCCGCGGUCGCCUACCGCCGAAUACUGUAGAUCUCGACGAGCGCUACAACCCGAUCCAUAUGCUGCUUUUCGAUCCGUAUUUUGAUCCAUUCUUACGAACGCCAGAAUGGGGUUCGGGAGCGAUGCUCGAAGCAUCUUACGCUUGGCCAAUCGAGUGUGCAGCGAGUAUCGAUGCCAACGGGGCAAGCCGCGUCGAGGGUGCCGGUCUGAGGACUCAUGCCUCACUUUGGAGCGCAUCCUCACCGAUUCGUUGUGACUGGGAACACAUCCGUGGCUCCUGGGCAGCCGACGGUGCCUAG